AUAUAUCAAACUGCAAAAUGGCUUAUGUGCACUUUUGAUUUCGGAUUUGAAUUACUUGGAUGGUGCCCCAGCUGCUUUAUCUUCAGAGGAGGAGGAGGAAGACAAUGACGAUGAUGAAUCUGAUGAGGAAAGUGAUGAAGAUGAUGACUCUGGAGCUGAGAUCGAAGAUGGUAGAGAAGGUUUUGAUGAUGAGGACUGUGAUGAGGGGAAUGAGAGUGAGGACAAUGAUGGAGAUAAUGAGGAUUUCAAUGAUCCUGAUGACAGUGAAUUAGAAGAGCUAGCUGAAAAGGAAGAGGCAAGAAAGAGAGGCUGUACAGAAAAGCAGUCUGCAGCAGCCCUCUGCGUUGCUGUUGGCAGCUUCUCUGAUCCGGAAGAUCUGCCUGGAUUAGCACACUUCCUGGAACAUAUGGUUUUUAUGGGCAGUUUGAAGUAUCCAGAUGAGAACGGGUUUGAUGCGUUUCUGAAGAAACAUGGGGGCAGUGACAACGCUUCAACUGACUGCGAGCGGACAGUCUUCCAGUUUGAUGUGCAGAGGAAGUACUUCAAAGAAGCACUCGAUAGGUGGGCACAGUUCUUCAUUCACCCGCUGAUGAUCAGGGAUGCAAUAGACCGAGAAGUCGAGGCUGUAGACAGUGAGUAUCAGCUAGCAAGACCCUCUGAUGCAAACAGAAAGGAGAUGCUAUUUGGGAGUCUUGCCAGGCCUGGACAUCCUAUGAAGAAAUUUUUUUGGGGUAAUGCGGAUACACUCAAACACGAGCCUAAAAUGAAUAAUAUUGAUACCUACACCAGACUGAGGGACUUCUGGCAGCGCCAUUAUUCUGCUCACUAUAUGACUUUAGUUGUCCAAUCUAAAGAAACACUGGAUACAUUGGAAAAGUGGGUGACAGAAAUCUUCUCUGAGAUUCCAAAUAAUGGUUUACCCAAACCCAGCUUUGGCCACCUGACUCAGCCUUUUGACACACCAGAAUUUCACAAGCUUUACAGAGUUGUUCCAGUCAGGAAAAUUCACUCGUUGAGUAUCACUUGGGCACUUCCACCACAAGAACAGUAUUACAGGGUGAAGCCUCUUCAUUAUAUUUCCUGGUUGGUGGGGCAUGAAGGCAAAGGCAGUGUUCUUUCUUUCCUUAGGAAAAAAUUUUGGGCUCUUGCAUUAUAUGGAGGAAAUGCUGAGACGGGAUUUGAACAGAACUCCACUUACUCCAUCUUCAGCAUUUCUGUGACUUUGACUGAUGAAGGUUACAAGCACUUCUAUGAGGUGGCCCAUGUUGUGUUUCAGUAUGUGAAGAUGCUGCAGAAAAGGGGGCCAGAUAAAAGAAUAUGGGAAGAAAUACAGAAGAUUGAAGCUAAUGAAUUUCACUACCAGGAACAGACAGAUCCAGUUGACUAUGUGGAAAGCCUCUGUGAGAACAUGCAGUUGUUUCCAAAAGAGGAUUUUCUGACAGGAGAUGAGCUCUUGUUUGAAUACAAGCCUGAGAUCAUUGCUGAUGCCCUUAACCAGCUCAGUCCUCAGAGAGCCAACCUCGUUUUGCUGUCUGCUGCCAAUGAAGGCCAAUGUCAUCUAAAAGAGCGGUGGUUUGGAACGCAAUACAGUGUGGAAG